AUGUGUAUUUUUGUCUCGAUUUUUAAUGGAAUGUGGAAACGGCCAAAAUAUUGGCUAUUUCUUCUAUUACUAAUUUUUGUUAAUUUAAUUAUUAUUUGGAUUAAAUUUUGUGAUGACAGUCUAGAAAUUAAAUAUUCAAAUAAAAUAAUUAAAAAUCAAAAUAAUUAUGGAGAUUGGGGAAACUGCUGCUCAAUUUCAAAAUGUUUGGACCUCAGAAAAUGUUUGUUACACCCAGAAAGGCGUCUCUCAAUCUAUGUACAACCGAUUUUGCGCUUUGUUGAUUUGGAGGAUUUGUUGGAGUGUUCGGCGUUACCAUCCACAGAGUUUUUGGAAAUCCGCAAAAUUAUUUUACAAAGUGAAUACAACGAAGAAGAGGCGUCAAAAGCUUGUUUGAUAUUACCUGGGAUUGAUUUACUUUCUCUUUUGGAUUGCCCAAUUGAAAAUUAUAUAAAGUUGUUGAAUAUAGCUAAAAGUGUCCUUCCAAUUAAUUCAAAUCUUAUUUUGUUCAAUUUUUUAGCAAAUCAACAUUACUUUAAUCGUCCUUUCCCUUUUCCAGUUAUAUUUGUGAGUUCUCAACAUUCAAUUAAUUCAUUCCGUCCAGCAAUUGAUUUUUCAAUUCCUUUACCUACCCCUAAAAAUUCCCCAACUUUAUCAACAUUUCCUUCAAAUAAUCAAAGAAUUAUUGAUAUUCUUAUUCCAUUAGAAUUUUCAAACAAUUUAAACGACAAAAAUUUAAUUUUUUCAACAUUUUUAAAUUCAUCUUCAUUUCGAAUUAAAUUUGUCAAAAAAUGUAAAGAUUCAGAUGAGCUCCUUAAUUUUAGAAUUUGUGAUGCUUUUUCUGAUAAAUAUUUAUCUGAAAUUGAUGAAAUGAUUGAAAUUUCUAAUUUUGUAUUUAUUUCUGAUAAUAUUUUCUUUCCUCAAAUGUUUAUUUGGAAAGCACUUCGUGGAGGUGCAAUUCCAGUUAUUUUGUCUGAUUCAAUUUUACUUCCAUUUUCUGACUUGAUUGAUUGGUCAAGAUUUUCAUUUAUUUUUGUUUCGUCAUUACUUCCAAAAGUGCCACAAAUUCUUCAAUCUCAAUCGCCUAAUCGUUUAUUUGAAAUGAAAAAAAUUGGAAAAUUAAUAUUUUUUAAAUAUUUUUCUUCAAUUGAAAAUAUUUUAUUUUCAACAAUUUCUGCAAUAGAAGGCCGUAUAAUUCCUGGAAAAUCAAAAAGUAAAAAAGAAUGGAAUAUUAUUGAACAAAAUUUUUUUAAAUGUCUAUCAUUUAAUUACUAUAAAAGGAAAAUAACAAUUCAACAAUAA